CUCAUCCUCUAUUCAGUUGCCCGACGACCAAGCUCCAGGCAUCUUAAAACUCUUCAUACCAGAAUGGUUUCUUCUACUCGAUCUCAUAGUAGAUCCCACAGUCUCCUUCUGAUCCAGAAAUUACUAAAUUUGCGCGACAGUGCGAGUCCCUUGACUCUGGUAUUAGAUACUCUAGAGCAGGGCGCAGCACCCGUGGUUCGAGAGUAUAUUUCCAGGGCGAAGGCCUCAAAGACAAAAGUCAUAUUCCUCUCGUUUGCUACCCUGCGAAAACCUCGAGAUGCGGAUGUGUUCGUGAAGGGCCGAGGAAAACCCCUCACGUCGCUGAGAAAAGAGCUGGUCUCUCACUAUCCAAAACCUGGAAAGUCUGCGGGUAGCGUCAAAGAGAAACUUUCCAUGCAGAGAGUGCUCCUCAUAGUCGACUCGCUCAACGAGCUUGCCACGACAGCCCCCCACUCUCUCCCCGGCUUUCUCUCCAGCGUCAUCGGCCCGGCCGUCUCGAUGGUGGGCGUAUAUCACACGGAUGUCCCUCUCGUUCUCCCGAGGACAGUGAGCGAAUACGAGCCUCACCCUCUCACCCUUCUCUGCCACCUGGCCACCUCCAUCCUCCGGUUGUCUAGCCUACGGCAGGAGAUUGAGCGACAAAAAGCACGGAACAGGAGCCUACAGGAGCCGGAAUGGGGGUUACAGGAGGAACGGGAGGGCGUGCUGAUCGGGCUGAAGGGGGAGAUCAAGUCUGGAGACUAUGGGGGAGUGGUGCUGGACAUGGAGCUCCGACGACGUAGCGGCCGGGCGGUGAAGGAGAAGUUUGCACUGUUUCCUGGAACACGGGGACCGCCGGGGGGAUCGCACCUGGCGGCGGCGGCAGCAGCAGCAGCAGCAGCAAAACUGCCACCACCAUCAGGUGUAGGCCAGGACAAAGGCACGCCGUCUAGGCUGAUGCUGCUUUCAGACCACCAUGCAUUCGCACCCUCGGACGAGAGUGGCCAGUCUGGCGGAGGGGCUGGCGGCGAUGAGGGACCGGAGAGUACCUUCAAUCUAGGCCUGACGGAGAAGCAGAGACGAGACCGAGAAGGCAUUGUACUGCCGUACUUUGAUGCGCAGACGGAUAUAGGGGC